AUGGCUUCGAGACCUACCGUCACCAUUAUCGGCAAGGAUGGCAAGUCCUCCGGCAACACUCACACCUUGCCGGCUGUCUUCCUGAGCCCUAUCCGUCCCGAUAUCGUCCAGGAGGUUCACAAGGGUCUGGCCAAGAACAAGCGCCAGCCCUACUCCGUCAGCGAGAAGGCCGGUCACCAGACCUCUGCCGAGUCUUGGGGAACUGGUCGCGCUGUUGCCCGUAUCCCCCGUGUCUCCGGUGGUGGUACUCACCGUGCCGGUCAGGCCGCCUUCGGUAACAUGUGCCGUUCCGGUCGCAUGUUCGCCCCUACCAAGACCUGGCGCAAGUGGCACGUCAAGGUCUCCCAGGGCCAGAGACGUUACGCUACCGUUUCCGCCAUCGCCGCCUCCGGCGUUGCCCCCCUCCUCCAGGCCCGCGGUCACCAGGUCUCCAACGUCCCUGAGGUCCCCCUGGUCGUCGACUCUGCUCUCUUCGAGAACGCCGCUGUCGCCCGCACCUCCGCCGCCGUCUCUCUCCUGAAGACCGUCGGUGCCUCCGACGACGUCGAGAAGGUCAAGAAGUCCAAGAAGCUCCGCGCCGGUAAGGGUAAGCUUCGUGGCCGCCGCCACCGCCAGCGCCGCGGCCCCUUGGUCAUCUACGACCCCGAGGUCGACGGCAAGGAGCUCGUCACCGCGUUCCGCAACGUCCCCGGUGUCGAGACCUCCCCCGUCACCGCCCUCAACCUCCUCCAGCUCGCCCCCGGUGGCCACCUCGGCCGCUUCGUCGUCUGGACCUCCGCCGCCUUCAAGUCCCUGGACACCAUCUACGGCACCACCACCCAGCCCUCCGCCCUCAAGAAGGACUUCCUCCUUCCCUCCAACAUCGUCUCCCAGAGCGACCUGACCCGUCUGAUCAACAGCUCGGAAACCCAGUCCGCCCUCAACGAGCCCAAGGGUUACGCCGUCACCCGCCGCUCCGCGGUCCAGAAGAAGAACCCCCUCAAGAACAAGCAGGUCAUGCUUCGCCUGAACCCCUACGCCUCGGUAUUCGCCAAGGAGGCUGCCCAGAAGAAAUAA